AUGGUGGAAAUUGAUUCCGUGAAGAAGCGGCACGGGAAGGGCGGCGAGAAAUGGCGCGAGGGGACGUGGCGGAGACGGUGGCGAGGCGGGAUGGUGUUGUUGGGGAGUUGGGUAGCAACAAGAUGUGCGACCUCGAGACGCUGUGUUGUGCAGGUACAGGUUCAGGGGGAUGGGGCGGUGGUGGGUAAACAAGAAGAGGAUGGGAACGGAGGCCGCAACGGGGUCCAGCGUACAGCAAGGCCCGCGGCGAGAGAAGUAAUUUUUUUUUAG